AGUACAACCGGUAUCACCAUGGGCAGCGGCCGCAGCCGCUCCCUGUCCCCAGAGCUCCUCUCUGAGCUCCAGGCCUCAACCCCCUUCACUGAGGCCCAACUGCGCGAGUGGCACAACCGCUUCCUGCAGCAGCAGCCGGACGGGCGCGUGCGGCACCGCGACUUCCUGCGCCUCUACCGCCACUUCCUGCCGGGGUCAGAGGUCGCGGCCUACGCGGCCCACGUGUUCCGCAGCCUGGACUCGGACGGCGACGGGAGCCUGGACUUCCGCGAGUUCGUGCUGGCCAUGAACCUGACGGCCCCGGGGAGGGCAAAGGUCAAACUGCGCUGGGCGUUCGCGCUGUUCGACGUGGAUAGAGACGGGGAGGUCAGCAAGGGGGAGGUGCUGGAGAUCGUCACGGCUGUUUUCCAGCUCAUCCCCCCCAAGGAACGAGAGUCUCUGCCCGAGGACGAGAACACACCCGAGAAACGUGCAGAGAAACUCUGGGCUCAUUUCAACAAGGGGGAGAAUGAUAAGCUGGCCGAGGCUGAGUUCAUCGAUGGGGUCUUGGACAACGAUGACAUCAUGAGACUCAUCCAAUACGAGCCCAAGAAAUAGGGGGGGCCCAAAACCA